AUGGCUAUAGAGUUAAAGUUUCUAGUUUGCCUAGUAACACUUUCGGCUAGGGCCAAUUCAAUCAGUGACAAGGAUCUAAAAGGUAAAAAUGUCAUCGUGACCGGGGCAGCUAGAGGUAUAGGAUACGCUAUAGCUGAUAAUUUCCUAGCUAAUGGAGUCAAUCAAAUUAUAAUCUUAGAUAAAAAUGUGACUAACGGAAUAAGAGCAGCUGAAACUCUGAAAUGUAAAUAUGGAAGAGAUAAGGUUAUUUUUAUACCAUGCGAUGUUACCAAAGAUCUUCAUCUGUGGGAUGAUAUAGUUGACGAGCAUGGGCCGAUACAUGUGUUAGUCAACAAUGCUGGAAUACUUGAAGAAGACCAACCAAGAGAAAUGAUAUUGACCAAUAGCGUUGCACCGAUUGAAUGGUCAUUAAAAUUCAGAGAAUACGCGAGAAACGAUAAAGGUGGUCCUGGUGGAACUAUUGUUAACAUCGCGUCCGAUUCAGGUUACAGUAUAACCCCGUUUAUGGUUUCCUACAUCUCAUCAAAGCAUGCGAGUCUCGCUUUCUCCAAGUCAUUAGGACACCCAUACAACUUCAAAAGGACAGGAAUCAGGAUUGUGGCUCUAUGUCCAGAAUUGACCUACACUGCGAUGACUACAAAGCAAAUGGUUUGGGAUGAUCAGUUGGAAGAUUUUAAAAAGGUAACCAAGGAUGACGUUUCGCAGAAACCCGAUGCUGUCGGCAAAGCAGCUGUGCACAUAUUCAAGAAUGCCGAAUCCGGGACCGCUUGGAAAAUCGCUGGUGGUCAACUGAGUGUAGCUCCAGAGUAUUUAUACAAGACUGAUGAAGAAAUUGAAAACUCGUUAAAUUAA